AUGUUUCGUUCAAUCGUUUCUAGAGGUUUAACUUACAGAGCUGUGCCGCUAGCUCGUGCCUCCCGUGGACCUUUGAAGCGCUAUGCCUCGAGCUCGAGUCGUAAUUUAAAUGGUGGUAAUAAAUUCAGUGCAAUUUCUUUGGGGGCACUAGUCACUCUAGGAUCCAUUCUCUUCGUAUCUCCCUACAGUUUGAAAUCUAUUCUACCGGAGAAGAGUGCAAACAUUCAGGAACCUGAACAACCAGCUGCAGAGGAACAAGCAGCUGAACCGGCACAAGCAGCUGAACCUGAGCAGCCUGCUGCGGAGGAACAGCCUGCAGCAGAAGAACAGCCUGCAGCAGAAGAACAGCCUGCAGCAGAAGAACAGCCUUCUGAACCAGAACAACCUGCAGAACCAGAACAAUCCGCUACAGAAGAACAGCCUGCUGCAGAAGAAAAACCUGCAGAACCUGAACAGCCUGCUGCGGAAGAAAAACAUGAAGAUGCUUCAGAAAAACAUCAAGAUGCCUCAGAGCCACAACCUGCUCCUGAAGAAGAUUCAAAUGAGUCCGAACAAGAUGAAAAAGCAACCGCUUAUAAUCCAGAUACCGGUGAGAUCAAUUGGGAUUGUCCAUGUUUAGGCGGUAUGGCUCACGGUCCAUGUGGUGAAGAAUUCAAAGCUGCCUUCUCCUGUUUCGUUUACUCUGAAGCUGAGCCUAAAGGUAUUGACUGCAUAGAAAAAUUCCAAAACAUGCAAGAAUGCUUUAGAAAACAUCCCGAACAUUACGCUGAGCAAUUGAAAGAUGAAGAAGAAGCUAUUGCCGCUCAAGAAUCUGUAGAAGCCGAAGUUGCAGUUGUUGACGCUCCUGAACAACCUCAAUCUCAACCUCAAAAGGAACAACAGCAAGAACAACAACCAGAACAACCAAAGGAAGAGGAUUCAAAAUCUUCUGAAUCUAGUGACUGA